CAUGCGCGAGAGCGAGCGAGACACCGCCAGCGCCGCAGCGCCAAAAAAACAACAACAACAACAACGACGACAUUAGCAACAACAAACAAGAACGAAGAUAAUGGAGAAGCCAGAAGAUCGGCAGAAAUCGUACCGCUACCGCCCAUCUUUGGAAGCGAUCAAGCAGCGCCGCUCGAAGAAUCCGCCGCCGGCGCCCGAAGCGCCACCCGGCGAACCGCCCACCGAUGACGAGCCCCAGACCCCGCCCAUACCGCCCCCACCCCCGCGGAUCGGCAGCAGUCAAGCGGGCAGCAGCGUGCUGAUAAUGACGCCCGACGAAAUCAUCGAGGCCUACGAACGCGCCCUGCAGGAGGGGCAAGACGACGGAGAGGGCGACGGAGAGCAGAAGGGCAAGUCGAAGCGCUGGCUGAGCAGACCGAUCAGUGUGAAAUCGACGCUGAGAGCGGUACGCGACGGCCUGCUGUUCGUGGUCGGCGGUUUCCUGCGCUUCCUUCGACGACUAGACAUGCACGGCGGCGGUACCGGCAACAAUAUCAACUUCGUCGAGGGGCUGAUCGACUUCAUGGCGGGUUCCCUGGGCGGUGCGGCCCAGGUGUACGUGUCGCAGCCCCUCGACACGGUCAAGGUCAAGCUGCAGACCUUCCCGGAGGUCUAUCGCGGCAUGUGGGACUGCUUUGUGAGCACAUACCGCAAGGAUGGCAUCCUUCGUGGCCUGUAUGCCGGUUCCGUUCCGGCCGUAUUCGCCAACGUGGCCGAGAAUUCGGUCCUGUUCGCCGCCUAUGGUGGUUGCCAGAAAUUCGUGGCCUUCUUCGUGGGCAAGGAGACCUCCGGUGAGCUGACCACCGUGGAGAACGCCUGUGCCGGCUCCCUGGCCGCCUGCUUCUCCACCCUCACCCUCUGUCCCACGGAGCUGAUCAAGUGCAAACUGCAGGCGCUGCGCGAGAUGAAGCACUUCGUCGAGCCGGCCCAUCCGGAGGACAUGCGCACGCCCUGGUCGCUCACGCGAUACAUCUGGCGUACCGAGGGCAUUCGAGGAUUCUAUCGGGGAUUGAGCUCCACGUUCCUGCGGGAAAUGCCCGGCUACUUCUUCUUCUUCGGCAGCUACGAGGGCACCCGGGAAAUACUGCGACGCGAUGAUCAAACUAAGGAUGAAAUUGGACCAUUGCGUACGAUGAUCGCCGGCGCCAUUGGAGGCGUCUGUCUGUGGACGUCGACGUUUCCGGCGGACGUGAUCAAGAGCCGGAUCCAGGUGAAGAACCUCAACGAGAGCAUGUUCGCCGUGGGAGCGGACAUAGUGCGGCGCGAGGGUGUCCUGGCUCUGUACCGUGGCCUGCUGCCAUCUGUCCUGCGCACCAUUCCGGCAACGGCCACUCUGUUCGUGGUAUACGAGUACACCAAGCGGGCGUUAAGCGCCACCCUCUGACCAACUCCAACUUCCAAAGAGGGUCGCAAGGAGCGUGACGCUGUGCUAGUAGUUGUGGGCUUAUGGCGCGUGGCCGCGGGCGGUCAUUAUUAAAUAUUCGAUAAUUAUUCCUUUUUUUUCUAGAUAAUUAAUAGAUCGUAGUGUUGUGCCUGUACAAUGUUCAGAUAAUGCUAAUGACUGACUAAUAUCCAA